GCGAUGACAACCAUUUGCGACCUCCCUGAAGAUGUCCUGGUGGAGCUGCUCUCGCUGCUGCCGGCCCGGGACCUGAUCCACGCCUGCAGGCUGGUCUGCCGGCAGUGGCGGUACGUGGUGGAUCUCACCACCCUCUGGAAGCGCAAGUGCCAGCGCGAGGGCUUCUAUAUCCAGAAUUUGGACAGAAGCGUCUCUGACUGGAAGAUCUUCUACAUGCUCUGCCACUUGAAGAGAAACUUAAUCAAAAACCCCUGCGCUGAAGAGAACUUUCAGCACUGGAAACUUGAUAAAAAUGAUGGAGAUGAAUGGAAGAUUGAGGAUCUGCCUGGAGAUCAUGGAACAGGGAUGCCAGACCCCAAAGUACAGAAAUACUUUGUCACUUCAUUUGGGCCAUGUUACAAGUCUCAACUCAUUAGUCUGCAGAAAGAAGGAUACUGGAAUCAGCUGAUGGAUGAGAAACGGCCUGAAAUUGUUGUAAAGGACUGGUACGCUGCCCGCUACGACUGCGGCUGUCGCUACGAGCUCACGGUGAGGCUGCUCUCUGAGGACUACCUGGUCCUGGAGGAAUUCCACCCCGAGCCAGUGGUUAUAGAGCAGUGGAGUGAUGCAUUGUGGAGAGAGAUGUCUCACACCUUCCAGAAUUACCCACCUGGAGUUCGUUACAUCUGGUUUCAGCACGGAGGCCAAGACACCCAGUUCUGGGCAGGAUGGUAUGGGGUCAGAGUAACAAACAGCAGCAUCACCAUUGGCCCCCAGACAUUAUGAAGUUACUAG